AUGGCCACACAACAAAAACAUCACCACUUUGUCCUUCUCCUUUUCCUUGCCCAAGGCCACCUUAUUCCCAUGGUAGACAUCUCAAGACUCCUCGCCCAACGCGGCCUAACCGUCACGAUCCUCACCACUCUCCGCAACCACGUUCGAGUCGAGCCCGUGAUCCAAGGCGCCGCCGAUUCCAGCCUCGACAUCCGCGUCUCCCACGUCUUACUCCCGAGCUUCGAAGUCGGCCUCCCGAACAAUUGCGACAACUUCGAAAUGCUUUCCUCCGUCGACGACAUACUCAAUUUUUUCCGCGCGACCUCCAAGUUAGAAGACCAAGUUGAGCAUACGCUCCGAAACCUCAAACCCCACCUAACUUGCUUGUUGUCCGACAUAUGCUACCCGUGGACGACGGGCGUGUCUUUGGAUACAGAGUAUUUCGUGCUGUCCGGUCUGCCUGAUCGAGUCGAGCUCACGAAAGCGCAGCUUCGGGGAACGGCCGAGGAAGUCCCUCCAGAGUGGGAUGAAAUACGCCGGAAUAUUCACGAGGCCGAUUCCGAAGCUUUCGUGAUUGUGUCCAACUCUUUCGAGGAGCUCGAGGCAGAGUACGUGAAGGGGUACGCCGAAGCCAAGGGGACAAAGGUGUGGUGCGUUGGGCCAGUCUCGUUGUGCAACGAUGGCGAUUUCUUGGAUAAGGCCCAACGAGGAAAUCGGGCCUCGAUCGACGAGCGUGAGUGCUUGAGAUGGCUCGGUUCCCGAGAACAGGGGACGGUUGUUUACGUCUGCCUCGGGAGUUUGUCCCGUCUAGCGGCCCCGCAACUCAUCGAGCUCGGGUUGGGUUUAAAGAGUUCGGGCCGGCCGUUCUUGUGGGUUGUGAGGAACGCGUCAGAUGAGUUCGAAAAGUGGCUCGGAGACGAGAAGUUUGAGGAGAGGGUUAAGGGGAGGGGGCUUUUGAUACGCGGGUAG